UAAAUAGGAGCGUGGCUUCCUUGUGGAAAGGGCCUAGGCCUGUGUCGUCUCCCUUGCUGCCAUUCCCUCAGGGCCUCUAGGGCAGGCUCUCCACUCCCGCUGCCAUGGCAACCGGGCCCUGCUUGUGUUGUUUGUUGUGUUGUGUGUGGGCUCAGUGGAAGCAGGGCUAGGCGCUGCCAUUCCCGCCCGAGGAGGCUGGAGCCCUCGACCCAGAGCCAUGGCUUCUCCCUCCAGGCUCCAGGGGACCCCGGGCCUCCUGACUCCAUCCCUGGCCGAGAGAAGGAGGCCCCUCUCCUCGGCUUCUCCCGGGUUGGAGCACUCUUUGGAUAGCGGCUCCUUCGAGCAGGGCAAUCAUUUGAAAUCUGUGGACCUUAAUCAUGUUAUCACACUGCUUGAAGAAACAGAAUCAAGUAAUAUAGAACAACAACUCCAAGUUCUAGAGAAGGUUGCAAAACAUUAUCAGCAUGGGAUUCUUCUUAAUGAUGUAGCACAAAUUUCUAAAAUUUUAAACUUAUGUGCAGAAAGAAGUCAGGUGGACAAUGUUUUCAUUGAACCUACAUGUGAAAUUCUUAAAUUAUUUGGGUUACCAUUUUGCAAAAAGAAGUUAUCUGAUGAAGCAAACUAUGCCAAAGAAGUUCAAGAAUCCAUUUCACAAUUGGGUUGUCUGAUGAGAGUGCCUUGUUCUCAAGUAAGAAUACAGAUCUGCAAGUGUGUUAUUAGCUUUUACCAUGCGGAGAGAUCAAAGAAAGAAUUUGAAGUUUACCAACCUGUAAGCGCAAACUAUAAAAAACAUAUGGUGGAAUUAGGAGGCUUAGCGGAAACCUUGGUCUUGUCACUGACAUUAGUUGAAAAUCAACUUUCUGAAAAAUUAUGGAUAAUUAAAACCCUACAGCAUCUUUCCAUUUCUGAAGCAAACUGCAAACUUAUGAUGAAAGCUCAAGCACCAAGAAAGUUAUGUUCUCAGCUGAAUGAUGUUGAUCCCACUGGACAGCUGUUAUUCCGUUCCUCAGAAAUCCUCUGGAAUUUAUUGGAAAAAACAUCGAAGGAUGAAAUUCUUGAUCAGCUGAAUAACUUGGAAUGUGUACAUGCUCUGAAAGAAGCAUUUACACACUUACUUUUACAUGGUUCCCGCCAUUAUGAUCGUCAGCUAAGAAAUGACAUUUUGGUGAUAGCCACCCUCGUAGCUCAGAACCCAGGAACACCAAUGAUUGAAACUGGAUUUGCAAAGCAGUUAAUACUAUUUGCCACCUUUACUGAAGUUAAAAGUCACAAUCCUUUGGUAAAAGGCCUCAAGCUUACUUACUCUUAUGAAGAUUUUGAGCUGAAAAAGCUGCUGCUUAACAUGCUUACCGUACUAGCAAAAGAUUUAUGUACUGUGCAGCUGCUUCAUGAGGGUAAGGUUAUUUUGGCUUUGUUUAAUUAUCUGAAACCAAAUGAAAAGUCUGGAACAGUUGCCAUGUCUGCAGCACAGUAUGAAGAGUUACAGCUUCUUGCCAUUGCUACUUUAGCCACAAUGGCUCCCUUACUAGUAGAAGACUACAUUAUGAACCAAGGAAAUACACGCCUUCUCAUGUUUCUAGAAUGGUGUUCAAGUAAUGACCCAUUCUUUGCUCAAGGUAACAGUUUCCAUGGUACAGGUGGUCGUGGCACCAAACUUUCCCAGAUGCGCUACAGCCUGAGGGUGCUGUAUUCUGUUGUGUCUCUUUGUGAUGAUGCAGUGAAUCUUGAUCUUUGUGAUCAUGGAGCAAUUCAUCAGCUGUUAGGUAUCUUAAAGACUGCCACAUCUAAGUAUAAAGAAGGUGCUAUUGUGAUGGAAAUUCAGACUGAUAUUUUACUCAUCCUAUCAACUCUUUGUGAAAAUGAUGUUCAUAGAAAGGAACUCUUUGGAUGGGAAGGAGUGGAUACACUUAUUCCAUUUUUGAAGAUGGAUGCCAAGAAAUUCUAUAGUGGAUUGGGUCAUAAUCGUCUCCUUUUUAGUGCUCUGGACUGCUUAUGGUGCUGUAUUAUGGGGUGUCUCAUUUUAGAGGACUAUUUUCUUGAAAAAGAAGGAAUCUUCACUCUCCUUGAUUUGUUGAUGUUAAAUCAAAAGAAUGUAUGCAAUCAGAUUCUUGGAAUAUUAGUUGAAUUCUGUGACAAUUCUAAAACUGUUUGUCAUAUCAAUACUUGGCGAGGGAAAAAAGGCCAAACAGCAGCAAAUCUGUUAAUACAUUUGUGGAGACAAGAGGAGGAGGAUAUGGGAGUCAGACAUGAUAAAGUUGGAAGAAUUGCUGAUACAAAGAAGCCAUUACUUGGCCAGUUCCAGAAGACACAAGAAGUGAUUCCAAUGCCUGCCAGUUGUCCCACUAUUGCUGUCAUGGAUGUUGCAGAAAACAUGAGAGCUAAGAUUUAUUGUAUAAUUUGUAAACUAGGCUUUGAAAAUUUGCCUGGCCUCUCUGCAAAGGAUUUUGUUACACUUGCUAUUAUACGUAGAUAUCUCGACUUCAAGGUUGGUGAAGUCUGGAGUGAAAUGUGUGCAGAACUUGAAAAAGAAAAUUUCAGACUAGUCACUCCUGACCAGGAAGUUUUGCAGGUUAUUACUGAUGCAUUUGAAAAUGUUGGAAGGAUGGUUGUUUCCCUCCAGACUGAAAUGUUAGAAAGCCAGAAAUACCAGGAACUUCAGGAGGAAGAAAAAUGUUAUGCUAAGAUUAAUUCACUUCAUAAGCAAAGGGAAAUGGUCAGUAAGUCUUGGGAAAAUUUCUUAUCUCGGACAUCAAAUUAUGAGGCUUUAAAGAGAGCAAAAAGGCUUCAGGAAAAAUCUAUAGAAAUGUCUAGAUCAAAGGUGAAACAAUAUAAUGCAACAUUCCAUCCAACUGACAUUAAAGGCCUAAAUACAACUAUUACAUCUGGUCGCCUAGUAACAGUGGAAAGUACACCUUCUGAAUUGACUGGAGGCCCACUAGCUGAUACAGAUCUUGCACUUAAAAAGCUCCCUAUUCGCGGAGGGGCUUUAAGAAGGAUCAAAGAGGUUAAAGUAAUAGAUUCAUUCAAAAAAGGUUCAGUACCUGUAAAAUAAAUGUUGCCUAAUACUGCUCUAGACAGUUCUCCCAAUUAAUUUUUAUACAUAUUUUAAGCACCUAUUUGUAUAACACUGAAAAAUAUAGUUAUUUUUAGAUAGCUUUUUGGCUCUAGAAAUAAUGCAAACAUCAUGAUGUUAUUGAAUAAAUUCAGUGCAUUACAAAAAUCAUUGAGGUCUAAUCAUUGCCAAAUUGACUCAAUUUGCAUUCUA